AUGAAAAGCCUACUGCACAUGAGAAACGACGAAAAGGGGGCCACAAACGGGUGGUACCCAUAUGAAGACACGUACAGAAGCCAGCAUUUUAAUAACGACGAAGAGAUGAGUGUAAGCGAAUUUAAAGGGAAAGAAAAGGAAAAAUCACUGCAUGUGAGUAAAAAAAGUGAAAAAAAAGGACCCCUUCUGUAUGGUCUCCUGGACGACCAGCACAGAACAAAUCUCCGCCUAAAAUAUGGCCAGCUAUACAAAGGAAUAAACCAAUUUAACGAUAAAAGGAAUACUCACCUAGGCGAAGAAGAUGAUGAGGAAGAAGACUCUGAUGAUGAGUCAGAAAUAGACUUAGAAGACGACUAUUACGAUGACGACUACUACGAUAGCUUCGAUUAUGACGACGGGGAGGACAACGACUCGGAGAGCUACAAAGAAAGAAACAGAAAAAUGCGCAAGCGGGUAAAAAAAGCGAUAAAAAAAGAGGUAACAAAAGAGGUAAAAAAAGAGGUAACGAAAGAGGUAAAAAUGGAGGUAAAAAAUGAACUGAAGGAAAUUUUCAAAAACGAAAUGAAAAAAAAAUUACUAGACGAAUUGAUUAAAGAAUUGAAAUUGGAACAAAUGGACACAGCAAAGGAGGGUGGCGAAAAUGCACAACUCACAUUCAACCAACAGAUACUGCAAGCAAUUCUACGGGAUGAGAUCUCCAAGCGAGCACAAGCAAACAAUCAUCUGAUAAAUCCCAACGCUCCGAAAGAUCUAUGGCAAUUGAAUCUCGAACUUAUUGAAGCAGAAAAUAAACAUAAGAAAAAAAAAAUAGAAGAACAGCAAGUAGCUACUCUACUAAGACAGGCACAAGAAGAAAUCAACCAACUCCAAAAACAAAUUGAAAAUGUGAAACAUAAGAGGAACAUUUAUGUGCAUCCGAAUGAGGAGUACAAACAGCUGCUGUUCCUGUACCCACAAAAUAAAAUGUUCCAGGAAAAGGAAAAAAUAGGACUCGUAAGGGAGCUGCAAAAGAAAUAUCAAAUCAAAGCGGAACAGAAGCAGAAGCUGCUUGAGCAAAUGCAGAAGGUGCAGAAUGAACUGCAGCUCGCGGGUGACGAAGUGGAGGUCCUGCGCGCAAGUGUUAAAGCGAAGGAGGAGGAAGAGAAAUAUAAGGGAAAGGCAAACCAGCCGCUUGGCCAACACGCUCGAGUGGAAGCCAGAGCGGAACCCAAAGCGGAAGCGCACCUGCCAAAUGUACCGCACCUGUCACACCUACCGAAACAACCGCAACAACCGCAACUACCGCCAGCACCAUCGCUUGCAUCGCUGCCCGCCCAGUGGAAAGGAACAGCCGUCCCGGCGUGGGCAGAGAGAUCGCCACUGCCAGUCAAAAUCAAAAUGCUAUCGGAUGUGCAGCAAAAACUCGAAAUGAUGGAAUCGAAACUGCACCCAGAAGGAGAAAAGAUAGAACAAAAGGUGAACUACGUCUACUGA